UCUUUGUGGCUGAGGCCUAGCCCGGCCCCCCGGGGCCUUCCUCGCGCCGUCAUGAGCGCGAACGAAGACCAGGAGAUGGAACUGGAAGCACUGCGCUCUAUUUACGAAGGAGACGAAAGUUUCAGAGAGUUGAGCCCGGUGUCAUUUCAGUAUCGGGUGGGGGAAAAUGGCGAUCCUAAAGCUUUCCUGAUAGAAGUGUCCUGGACGGAGACAUACCCCCAGACCGCUCCGCUCAUAUCGAUGAACGCUUUUUUUAACAACACCAUCUCCUCUGCCGUGAAGCAGAGCAUAUUGGCUAAACUGCAAGAGGAAGUGGAAGUGAACCUGGGGACAGCUAUGACCUACACCCUGUUCGAAUACGCCAAGGAUAAUAAAGAACGGUUCAUGGAGAACCAUCACCCUUUCAGCUCCGGGGCGCCGACAAGCAAUAGCAACUCAACCGAGACGCCCAUGACAGCGCCGUCAAGUAAGAAAAAGGACAAAAAGGAGCAGCUUUCCAAAACCCAGAAACGCAAGUUGGCGGACAAGACAGAUCACCGAGGGGAGCUUCCUCGAGGAUGGAAUUGGGUCGACGUGAUUAAGCUGAGCAAAACCGGUUCUAAGGAGGACGACUAA